GGUUUCAGUUAGCUCUCUCUUUUCCACAAGCAAUCGCAGCGCAUUUCGAGAGCAGAGGAAGAAAAUGCCGGCAGGUCACGGAUUGAGGUCUCGUACGAGAGAUUCAUUCUCUCGCGCAUUCAGAAAGAAGGGUACCAUCCCACUUUCCACCUACUUGAGGAUUUUCAAAAUUGGAGAUUAUGUUGAUAUUAAGGUAAACGGCGCCAUCCACAAAGGAAUGCCACACAAGUUCUACCAUGGUCGCACUGGUCGUGUUUGGAAUGUCACCAAACGCGCCGUUGGUGUUGAGGUCAACAAGCAGGUUCGUAACAAAAUCUUAAGAAAGAGGAUUCAUGUGAGGAUUGAGCAUGUUCAGCUUUCACGAUGCACCGAAGAAGUCAAAGAGAGGAUGAAGAAGAAUGAUCAACUAAAGGCCGAGGCCAAAGCUAGAGGAGAAGUUGUCAGCACAAAAAGACAACCUGUGGGACCCAAACCAGGUUUCAUGGUUGAAGGUGCUACAUUGGAGACAGUUACUCCCAUACCAUAUGAUGUGGUCAAUGAUUUGAAGGGAGGUUAUUGAUCUUAGUCUGUUUCUGAGGUGUUGUUUGUUCUAUCUGCUUUUCUGAAACUGAAAGACAGGAUUAGUUUGUUGGUGUCACCUGCAGAUUUCGCUUGUUAGUUUAAAUUUUGUUUACAUUGUCAUUAGAGGCCUUUGUUGAACUUUUGCUACAAAUGGAAGUGAAGAAAGUCUAUCUAUUACCUAUAUUCUCUGCACUUUAAGAUGAAUUUGUUCA